AUGGAUUCGCCGCCACCGCCGCGCGUGUGCGUCACCGGAGGCGGCAGCUACAUCGCCUCCUGGCUCGUCAAGCUGCUCCUCUCCCGCGGCUACGCCGUCCACGCCACCGUCCGCGACCCGCGUGACCCCAAGAAUGCGUGCCUGGCACAGCUGGACGGAGCCCCGGAUAACCUGCGGAUCUUCAAGGCAGACAUGCUCGACUACGAAACGGUGGUGGCCGCGUUCGCCGGCUGCGACGGCGUCUUCCAUGUCGCCACUCCAGUGCCCGAGCAAAAGAUGGUUGAUCCCGAGAAAGAGAUGAUGGAUCCGACUGUCAAGGGCACCUCGAAUGUGCUCAAGGCUUGCUCAGCUACCAAUAUUAAGAAGCUUGUUCUGGUCUCGUCCGCUGCCUCUCUUUGCUUUAACCCGGAUUGGCCUGAAGAUAAAAUCAAAGAUGAGAGCUGCUGGUCAGACAAGGAGUUCUGCAGGGAAAACGAGAACUGGUAUUCUCUUGCCAAGACCGAAGCUGAGGAGAUGGCCCUGGAGUACGGAGAGAAGAAUGGACUACACGUCGCUACAUUUUGCCCAGGUCUGGUCUUCGGGCCUCUGUUGCAGCAUGUGGCGCUCAAUACCAGCAGCAAAGUCCUCCUCUACAUCAUCAAAGGAGGGCCUGACACAAUGAACAACAACUUCUGGCCCAUAGUAGACGUUCGCGAUGUUGCAGAUGCCUUACUCCUUUUAUACAACAAGGCAGGGCCAUCUGAAAGAUACAUAUGCUCAUUAGACCAAAUGGACAUAAUAGAUUUGCUGCGAACUUUGAAGGGCAUGCACCCUAACUACAAUUAUGCAGACAAGAUGGUUGAUGUGGGCUGUAAAGCUGCAAUGACUUCGGAUAAGUUGAAGAAUCUCGGGUGGAGACCAAGGAAGCUGGAGGAGAUGCUCGCAGAUAGUGUCCAGUCAUAUGAAAAAGCAGGCCUCCUUCAGGUUUCGGAUGGUGAGCCUUGCCGACUUCCUUUCUUUUACCGUAUGCCGCCGGUCCAGGAAUGA